GUCCCAGAAGGCGCCGGGCCAUUCACAAAGCGCAGCGCUUCUCACGCAUGCGCAGUCAGCAGUCUCUGGUCAUUCCCUGCACUGUCUGCAGUCUCUGGUCAUUCCCUGCACUGUCUGCAGUCUCUGGUCAUUCCCUGCACUGUCUGCAGUCUCUGGUCAUUCCCUGCACUGUCUGCAGUCUCUGGUCAUUCCCUGCACUGUCUGCAGUCUCUGGUCAUUCCCUGCACUGUCUGCAGUCUCUGGUCAUCUCCUGUACUAUGUCUGCAGUCUCUGGUCAUCUCCUGUACUGUGUCCGCAGUCUCUGGUCAUCUCCUGUACUGUGUCCGCAGUCUCUGGUCAUCUCCUGCACUGUGUCCGCAGUCUCUGGUCAUCCCCUGUACUGUGUCUGCAGUCUCUGGUCAUCCCCUGUACUGUGUCCGCAGUCUCUGGUCAUCCCCUGUACUGUGUCCGCAGUCUCUGGUCAUCUCCUGUACUGUGUCUGCAGUCCAUUGGUUCAGAAUAUUUUUUUUUUCUUGUUUUUCGCCUCU